AUGCCUUCCACCGUCGCCACCAAGCCCUUGGGCAAGAAUGGCCCUCUCGUGCCCCGUCUCGGCCUGGGCCUCAUGGUCCUGAGCGGCAUGUACAGCACUCCAGGCUCCGACGCCGAGCGCCUCAAGUUCCUCGACGACGUGUAUGCCCGUGGUUCUGGGACACUGGUACCUCUGCCCCCUCCCCAAUUCCGUCUCUGCCCAACUAACCUAGCCCCAGCCGACGAAUACAAAGACAGCGAAGACCUCAUCGGCAAAUGGUUCGCCGCCAACCCCUCCAAGCGCAAGGACAUCUUCCUCGCCACCAAAUUCGCUAUCCGCCAAGAUCCAGACGGCGGUCACCAAGGCCUCAGCGUCGACUCGUCCCCAGAGUACUGCAAGCAAGCCAUCAAAAAAUCCCUCUCCCGUCUCCAACUCCCGUACGUGGACCUCUACUACGUCCACCGCGUGGACAAGAAGACACCGAUCGAAAACACCAUGAAGGUGAUGGUCGAGCUGAAGAACGAAGGCAAGAUCAAGUACAUCGGCCUCAGCGAGUGCAGCGCCGACACCAUCCGCCGCGCGCAUGUGGUCCAUCCGGUCACGGCGAUGCAGAUCGAGUACUCUCCUUUUUGUCUCGCCAUUGAGGACCCGAAGAUCGAAGUCCUGAAAACCUGCCGCGAGCUCGGGAUCGCUACGGUAGCGUACAGCCCGCUAGGCAAUGGCUUGUUGACAGGCACGCUGCGCGCACAGGCCGACUGGACAAAGCCGGGCGACUUGCGGGGAGCGCUUCCGUGGUUACAGGCGGAUGUGUUCGAGCACAACCUCGGCGUGGUCGACCGGAUCGGUGAGCUGGCGAAGAAGAAGGGAGUUUCUCCGUCGCAGUUGGCGCUGGCGUGGGUGCUAAAGCAGGGGGAUGAUGUUUUUGCUAUCCCGGGGACGACGAAGAUUCAUCGGCUGGACGAGAAUUUGGCGAGUCUUGAUGUUGAGUUGAGUGAGGACGACGAGAAGGCUGUCAGACAACUCGCGAAGGAGAUCAAGGGUGGACGGAUCCAGGACUUGACGGGGUAUGCUUUUGCUAGCACGCCGCCGCUGGAGAAUGGGUCGGCUUGA